AGAGAGAGAGAGAGAGAGAGAGAGAGGUAGAGAGAGCAGCCUGCCUGAUCGUCACAUUUCUUGCAGAGAUAACAUUACAGAGAAUGUCCAUGCUUCUUUAAGGAGACUCAGCGCUGUUCAAGUGGUUCAGAAAUACCUAGACUAAAAGGCAAAUAAGUAGCUCUUUGACACACCAUAUUGGACAUACAUAAAUGGAUGGACAAAGAGAUAUUGCAUUCAGAAUUCACUUGUCAACCAGUGAGACGCAUCAGUGGAUAUAAUGGGCAACACAACACAUAAACCUUUAGAAGAUGUGACUCUACAGUCCGACCCUGUGGUGAGCAGGCAGUUCUUCACUCUGCACGGUGACACCGGUGGGGGAGGAGGUGGCGGGGGUUCGGUAGUAGAGAGGCGGACGUCGGCCCCCCCAGUGAUCCUCAGUCUGGAGUCGCCCAGGUUCCACCCUCAGGCCAAGGGGAAGAACAUCAGGCUGGACGGUCAGCUGAGACGAGCUACCAGGAAGAACAGCUUCUGCAACGGAAUCACCUUUAGCCAACGACCUGUUAGACUCUAUCAGAAGGUUCGUCUGCGUCUGUCUGGUGUACACAACGGCUGGAGUGGUGCUCUGCGGUUCGGUUUCACCAGUCUGGACCCAAGCGAGCUCAACUCCUCCAACAUCCCCAAGUACGCCUGUCCGGACCUGGUGACGCGGCCGGGUUACUGGGCCAAAGCCCUGCCGGAACGCCUGGCGAUCCGCAACAACGUCCUGUCCUUCUGGGCCGACAGACACGGCCGUGUGUUCUACAGUAUCAACGAGGAGGAACCCAUCCUCUUCCACUGUGGUCUGAGUAUAGGAUGUCCGCUCUGGGCCAUCAUAGACAUCUAUGGCCUCAUCCAGGAGGUUACACUGCUAGAGAGCAAGUUUGCAGAGAGUGUCGGUUCCAGUUGUCUGUCUGCGGCCCGUCUCAGUGCCUACCUCCCUCAGAGCAGCCACGACUCCGCAAACUACAACAACAACCAGCUAGAGAACAACCAGGCCGCCGAGAAGAUGGCCACGUUACAGCUCAACAACAAAGCCACUGCGAAGAUGGCCACUGCGAACUACAGCUCAAAUUCUCUCAACAACUACAGCCAGAUGAUCCCCUGUUGUACCACAUCUUCCUCCUCCAUAACAUCAUCAUCAUCCGUCCCAUUCUCCACCCCCCGGUUGGUCCGAGCUGGGCUCCCCUCGCCGCUCGACACCGACCUCCACUUCCAUCCAGUCCGUGGCCCGGACGUCACCCUGUCAGCUGACCGCUCUGCAGCGUGUAUCCACUUCCUUGAGUCUUCGAGGACUCUGGUGUUCUCAGAUCGCCCCCUAAGGGUCAGGGAGACGCUCUACGUCGAGGUCGGUCAUCUCGGCCUGCCCUACUUCGGGGCGCUCCUUUUCGGACUGACCUCCUGCGAUCCGGGGUCCCUCCAUGCUGGGGAACUUCCUGCCGACCCAGAGGUGCUGCUGGACAGGAAGGAGUACUGGGUGGUGUACCGCGGCUUCCCCAUGCCCUGCUCCGGGGACAUUCUGUCCUUCAGCCUGACACCCAGCGGUGAGGUGCAUCAUGGGGUCAACGGGGCGGCCAGAAGGAGGCUGCUGUGUGUCGAUUCAUCACAGAAACUCUGGGCCUUCUUUACCCUGCAUGGAGCGGUCAACAGACUCAGGAUACUGGGCACGCUCCAGUCCAGCCCUUCCUUCCUUUCCUCCCAGACCAGUAGUAGCAGUAGUAGUCCAGACGACAGUGAUUCUGACCUGGCCUUCAGCGUCAACAGAUCCUCCUCCGAGUCCUCCCUGGUGACGGCCCCCAGCUCCCCUCUCAGCCCCCCUGUCUCCCCCACGCUGUCUCCCCCACCCUGUCUCCCCCACGCUGUCUCCCCCACCCUGUCUGCCCCAGAGCUGCCUUCUGGUGGUAAGAACGGGGAGUGCACCGUCUGUUUCGACCAGGAAGUGGACACAGUCAUCUACACCUGCGGUCACAUGUGUCUGUGUAACAACUGUGGGCUAAAGCUGAAGAGACAAGUGAAUGCCUGCUGUCCUAUCUGCCGCAGGCCCAUUAAAGACGUCAUCAAGACAUACAGACCAUGAGAGGACUGGGACAUUACUGGGACAUUACUGGCAGCAGGCCCAUUAAAGACGUCAUCAAGACAUACAGACCAUGAGAGGACUGGGACAUUACUGGGACAUUACUGGACAUUACUGCAGCAGGCCCAUUAAAGACGUCAUCAAGACAUACAGACCAUGAGAGGACUGGGACAUUACUGGGACAUUACUGCAGCAGGCCUAUUAAAGACAUCAUCAAGACAUACAGAUCAUGAGAGGACUGGGACAUUACUGGGACAUUACUGCAGCAGGCCUAUUAAAGACAUCAUCAAGACAUACAUACCAUGAGAGGACUGGGACAUUACUGGGACAUUACUGCAGCAGGCCCAUUAAAGACGUCCCAUUAAAGACAUCAUCAAGACAUACAGACCAUGAUGUCUGGGACAUUACUGCAGCAGAAAUUGUCUAGAGCAGGGAUAUUCAACUCUGACCCUACGAGAUCUGGAGUACUGCUGGUUUCCUGUUCUACGUGAUAAUUCAUUUCACACCUGUUGUCCCAGGUCUAUAUCAGUCCUUGAUUAGAGGGGAAUUAUUUUUUUUUUAAGCAAGUAGAACUGCUUUGAGGUCCAGAUGUAUAUUUGAAGGCUAUAGAGACAGACUGGACACCAUUUCAACAGGCUCAUCAAGGUCAUUAUUAAGCCUGACCAUCCAUGAGAGGACAAACUACUGGGACAGGGCUCUGUCUGCACCCCACAGAGACACCUCUUACCAAACUGGACACUCUACACUACGGCAGGUCCAUCACGGACCUCCCACAUCAAGACAUAUUGGCCCUGAUAGACUGAACACACUGCAGCAGUCAGGCAGGGCCUUGAAAGAGGAUAGGCAGGCAAACUCUCUCUCUCUCUCUCUACCCGAGACUCUCUCUCUCUCUACCCGAGACUCUCUCUCUACCCUCUCUCUCUCUCUCUUUCUCUCUCUCUCUCUAC